GUUUACCAACCGCCAAUCAAACGAAAAGAAGAGGAGACCGUAGAAGAAGAAGUCUGUUGUGAAACAGGACUUUAGGAUGCCGGUGACCCACUGUUAGCCAUCACCAUAGGUCACAGCUGAGUAGUCAUCGUUGGUCCCCUGUGGAGGAAGGAAUGCCACCUUUAGUUGGAGCUGAGUUGAUCCAGACACCAGUGCAGCUCUAUCGGUAUCUCCUCAGAUGUUGCAGGCAGUUGCCAACCACAACAAUGCAGCAACACUAUCGACAUGCCAUAAGACAGGGUUACAACAGUCACUCAGAUGAAGAUGACCCAGAGAGGAUACAAAUGAUAAUCCAAAGAGCAAUAGCAGAUGCUGACUGGAUUCUUGAUAAAUAUACCAAGAAGAAGUGAGGUUCAUAAGACAUGGUUUACAGCUGUGGAUGAACUGUUUCUAGGUCUGUCUCUGGAGUGUUUCUGCUCUCACAGUACUUCUGAGUUUUUGUCAACUACAAAGAGUAUGAACACCAUGUUGCUGAACAACCAUGACCAACAUUUGAAGAAUAGAUCUAAUGUAAUUAUUGAGUCAGUGGCCAUAUAAUGUCACUGCUCAAUUCAAUAAAAUAUUAAUAAGUGUAAAUAGUUUUUUAAUGUGUUGACUAUGAGCUGUUUGAUCUUUUAAUAAAGUACUUAUCAGUACGUAUCAGUA